AUGUUGCGAGAGGCUCUGUCCUCUCUCCUCCUGCUUUGUUUGGUAGUCGGUCGGUGGUUAGCAAGGGUCGCCGUCGGGGCUUUUGUGACGAGUGUGCGGAAUCAAGCCAAGGAAAACUGGAUACUGCGCCCGACAUUCAAUGCUUGUAGCGAAGUCCAGGAGACGGGGAGAAAGGAAACCCCAUUCUCCAUCAAACAAGAAAGGAAACGGCAGACGAAGCGGCCGACGAUUCCCUGUUGCGAUGGUGCCCGGAGUGGCGACAAGAGACGGCAAUCAACCAAGCAAUCUCUCUUGCUUGCGUUUGAGGUUCCGGAGAUUUUGAUUGACCGUCCAACAAAGAGGUGUAAACAGGGAUCAAGAAAAGCCUGGAGAUUUUGGCUUCCGCAAUCGUCAGAUUUGGACGAAGAAGAACUCGAUUUAAUCCCGUUCGCGGGCAGCCCUGCACAGAUUGGCGAACCUGGAAUUAUUCAGAGUAGACGCUGUGAUCAGGAAAUCAAAAUUUUCCCCAUAGGGGGAGGGAUUAGUCCCGGGACACCGAUUGGUGUUGAUUUUGGAUUUCGCCAUUACAAAAUCAAAGGUGAUUUCAGUGUUGUUUACAGAACUAGUACAGCUAGUGCAAUUCCCUCUGGGGAUGGGGCGUCCGUGAUUCCUCCAGCACAGAGGAAGCAAGUGCGACGCUUUAGGUCCAGAAUUCCCAAAAAACCCGCCGACGAUUCGUGCGGCGGUGCUGAUGGUGCCGAUGAUCGGCGCGGACUGGGAGGCCUGAAAAUUCGCUGGGUGGAUAGAGAGGCCUUGCGGCCCAAAUCCCUAAUCUGGUUAUGCAAGAUUUGCGGGGGAGAUCUGCAACCGAAGAAUCAUAAUCCCCCCCUGAAAAAUCGAAAUAUUCUCCUCCACGAGAGAAAACCUAUUUCGAAACUAACUCUGCUUUCUGGAAGUUGCAGAGGGCCAUGCCUCUUAGGAGGACGCGAUGCGGUAGCUGCCUAUAAAUUGGGGUUGCCGAUAGCAAGCACAUUAUCUAAAAAUUCCUGGUGGCCAGUAAGCCCUGCAGAAACAAGAGGAAGUAAUUGCCGGCGGCUUUCUGCUCUCGAGUCUUUGGUGAAGCCAGCCGUCCCCCCCCCGGCCAGUUGCGCGUUGCUCGGGCUCCAUCGACAGGUAUAG